GGGCGGUCUGGCCACGCCCCGGCGGGGCGGGCCCGGCCCGCAUCCCCCUCCCCGGGCAGCGUUUCCAGCCGGAGCGUUUAUGCGGCGCGCGGGGAAGGGGCGCCGGGGCCGCCAUGUCGCGGCUGCACCAGAGCAGGAUCGCGGACUUCCAGGAGGUGCUCGGCGAACCCACGGUGGCUCUGACCAAGCUCCGCGAGCUGUGCUUCAGCGGAAUUCCCUUUGAUGGUGGGCUGCGCUGCCUGUGCUGGAAGAUACUCCUGAACUACCUCCCUUUAGAGAAAGCCUUAUGGAGCUCUUUGCUGAAGAAACAGAGGGAUCUGUAUUCCCAGUUCCUAAAAGAAAUGAUUAUCCAGCCUGGGAUUGCCAAGGCCAACCUGGGUGUUUCCAGAGAAGAUGUGACCUUAGAAGAUCAUCCCCUCAAUCCAAAUCCAGACAGCCGAUGGAACACUUAUUUCAAGGAUAAUGAAGUGCUCCUCCAGAUAGACAAAGAUGUCAGGAGGCUGUACCCUGACAUGGCAUUUUUCCAGCGCCCCACGGAUUAUCCCUGCCUGCUAAUCCUGGACCCCCAGAACGAGUUUGAGACCCUGCGCAGGCGGGUGGAGCAGACCACGCUCAAGUCGCAGACGGUGGCACGAAACCGCAGCGGGGUGACAAAUGUGAGCUCCCCUCUUAAAAGCACCCCCAGCUCCCUGAACGAGUACGAAGUUCUGCCCAACGGCUGCGAAGCUCACUGGGAAGUGGUGGAGCGGAUCCUGUUCAUCUAUGCCAAGCUGAACCCUGGGAUAGCCUAUGUCCAGGGCAUGAAUGAAAUCGUGGGGCCUCUUUACUACACUUUUGCUACAGACCCUAACAGUGAAUGGAAAGAACAUGCUGAAGCAGACACAUUUUUCUGCUUUACCAAUCUAAUGUCUGAAAUUCGGGACAACUUCAUUAAGAGCCUGGAUGAUUCCCAGUGUGGUAUUACGUACAAAAUGGAGAAGGUGUACUCUACCCUGAAGGAAAAAGAUGUGGAGCUGUAUUUGAAACUGCAAGAACAGAACAUCAAACCCCAGUUCUUUGCCUUCCGCUGGCUGACGUUGCUCUUGUCCCAAGAGUUCCUGCUGCCAGAUGUCAUCCGCAUCUGGGACUCCCUCUUUGCUGACGACAAGCGCUUCGAUUUCCUCCUGCUCGUCUGUUGUGCCAUGUUGACACUCAUCCGGGAUCAGUUGCUGGAAGGAGACUUCACUCUGAACAUGAGGCUGCUACAGGAUUAUCCUAUCUCUGAUGUUCAUCUGAUUUUGAAGAAGGCAAAGGAACUUCAAGAUUCCAAAUAGUCCAUGGGCCUGACAAAAGGUGUUAGAGAACUGUGUGGCAGUGGAUCCUGGGAGAUGGCCUCUUGCAGUGUGGUGCACUAAAGCUCCUACUGGUCUCUGCAAGACUUCAGGUUUUGUUAGGACUACUGGCCACCUUGAAGACUUCUACUCUAUUUAUUAGGUCAAGGACUGAUUACUUCCCUAUCUACUUGGGUCCUGCACUCCAGAUUUUUCCACAUCUGAAAUGCCUCUUUGCUGCCAAAAGCAGCUCUUUGUAUCUUUUUUUUAAUGACUUUGAGUCUGGGGAGAAAGAAACCUUCUGUCUGCAUAUCCCUGAAGGGAUGGACUCCUGUAUUGUGGAAGUACACACGGAGUAACUUCUGAUGGGGAAAGGACAGACUUAAGUCCAGUGAAUUUUGGUGGGUGAGGAUAGAAGGAUCUUCCUCCUGUGAAUAGAAUGUAUUCCAGUGAAGUCACACAUUCUGCCAUUCAAGUAGAUUUUGGAUUCUUCUCUCUUGUGUCUGCACUUGGCCAUCCCUGAAGUGUGUGAAGAAGAUUGCAUCACUUUCUGGUGAGGGUCACCUGGCAGUUUGCACUCCUUUGACUGGGAAAGAGACUUGGGAAGUUGAGGUGGGAGGACAUGGUGACAGCUGGUGGCUUUGUGCACUCAAACUGCCUGAAUCCAGAGCUGCCUUAUCAACGAGGUGUCCUUGAAAGCAAGACUGGUGGUUUUAAUCCCCCGCUGAAGUGUAGUUCCAAGUCAAGCCUUACUACACACAGCCUUAGAGCAGGAUUGUUGCUGAAGGGAGGCCUCAUGCUGCUCUGAACUGGAGCAUAUCCAGCUACAAUCAGGAUUCUGAAACACAAGAAAUGGACACCUAAUCAUGUGCAAUGAGGACAGAUGUAUUUAGGGGCUUAUACAGGCACGGAACUGGAGUUUUCUGCCUCAGUGGCUUAAAUAAUACUAUUCCCAUUGAGGUCUGGUCACAGUAACCUUGCUAUUGUCUCACAGUACUUCUUGCCAGGAAGCGACAGUUCUGAUCUGCAAUAAGAGUCCUUCUCUAGCACAAUCCAGCAGGCACACAGGCAUCUGUCAUGAGCUGACUGCUGGGGCUGAUCCACUUUUCUGUCUUGGUCCUGCUGGAGUCACAGUCCUGAGCUGGACACUUGUUCUCCUGAGAGGGAAAUGCUGCACUUCAGGUGACCAGGGACUGAGACAAACCACAGGGAGAACUGCUGACCUGCCACAGUGCCGAGCUGAGCAGAAACUCUAAUCCCCAGAGAGAGGAACUGCCAGCACCCAGGUGCUUGUGUGGUGCAGAAGCUUUUGAGUGAACAAUAAUCCAACAUGCUUUCCCCUUUCUUUCUGCACUGUGCUGGCUCACCUCUGCUGUUGGACUCUGCAGUUUUUGGUAUUUAUGGGUGUUGAUUUGUUAAAGGUCAGUCAGUCUUUGUAAUAUCUGCUUAAGCUGCUGCUGGCCUAGACUUGCCCUAGCAAGAGGGAUGCAGGCAGCCUUGAGGUUUUUUACUGGUGUUAUUUCCUUCACUGAAGGCCCUCACAGGCUGCUGUAAUUCUCACCAAGGUGCAUGGGGAGAGACAGCAGGACAGGUUGGUGUACAUACCCAUGUUCUUAUUGGCAAUCCCAAGCAAUCUCUGCCUCUUGAAUAGAUGCUCAAGUACCACUUGUGCAGCCAUGUGUUGCUGCUGUGUUGCAAGAGCAAUUUAAGGUUUAUAGCAAUCUCUAAUUAAUACCUGUGGCAACAGUAUCCCUCUCUGCUGCAAUCUUUUCUUGAGGGUAUAGCUUUCCUCCAAGAAAACUGGGACAGGUAGACCAGGACAGCAGUGUGAUGAAGCACCCUGGCUGCUCUGGCCACUGGAUAGAUGUUCUUUCUGAGCUGCUCCAGGUGGUCUUAUGUCUCAGCUCUUGGGUACCUGCACUGGGGAGGCUGUUGGCCAGACCUCGUGUGGUCAAAGAGCCACCUGGGAGGUUCUCUACAGAUGUAGAAUCACUCUUAGGCAGAACUGUACCUGCUCCAAACACUUCUGCCUCAGAACUGCUGUAAAUACUGCAGCUUUCCCAUUCCAUGCACAAACUCUGCUCUCAUCUCCCUGAAUCCUUUGCUGGGCUGUUCAUUUUGGGCUUCCCUGGCACCUGCAGGGUUUCCUUAUGCUGGAAGUUCUUACUGGCAACAGGACCAUCCAUGAGUGUUCCUGCUCUGAACAGCUGGAAGUCUCCUUAAAGUAACCUGAGGAGGCAGCAGGCAAAUCAGGAUGAAAGCAUUACUUGGAGAGGAACUUCUCCAUGUUUUCAGCAUAGCUUUGGGCCCUGAGGUGACCAUCCCACUGGGGAAGGCACAGGGGAGGUGGCAGCACAGGUGUUGUGCUGUCUUCUCCCUUCCUAGGUGUGCUUUAGAAAGGAGUUUGCAGUGGUUUAAAGGGAUGCAAUGAGAGAUUUGGCUGCUGGAAAGGAUCUCUGGGACAAACUCUGUAGCCUUAUCCAAGCUAUGGCUGCCAAACCUACUGAGUUCUGUGGGGAGAGCUUGCAACAACUUUGAAAUGUCCAGACAGGCUGUUCUGUACAUAAAAAGCUGUUUUAUAUUUGUGCUUAUUUCCUUCCUGUGUGGUAGAACUUCUGUCCUGCUGUUGAAAGGAGUGGUGCUUUUCAUUGUCUUGGGACAUCUAUUUCUUUAUUCCAAGACUUUCUAAUUUCUUUGAGAGUAAAAACAGAUUUUCUGACAGGACAGAAGAAAAUCUUAACCUUUUACCAACUUUAGAAUCUCCUCAUGUUUCUCUUGGCUUCAUUCGUCAAAGGUUUUUGGUGAUUUAUUUUUGUUGUUCUUGUAGUGAGACAAUACUUAACUGGUGUUUCCUUGCUUGUGUGGCCAAGUAACACCUGCUCCAGCCUUGAGAUGUUUCUGCUUCUGGUUUCUUACAGUCCUGACCUGCUGAAAGAACUGAUCUUUGGGGUGGGAGGCGUUAGUCUGGGCUGCCUUGGGGACCCAUUAUCUCACAGGGACUUGAACAGAGGAAGUUUAAAUAGGUAUUACCGUGUGCUCCUCGCAGGCAGGACUACUGCCCGACAAGGGAAGGGGAAAUCACCUUCAGCUGGGAGGGGAAAAGGACACUCCUGGAUGUGGGACAUGAGCCUUUCCUGGGAAGGAGAAGUCUGUUCGACCUGCACCUUACUGGAGUUCAAGCUUUGUAGAACUUUGUAGCUUUGCCAGUGAUGUGGAUCAAGUUGCUGGUGGUGGUUAUUCAGGAGACUGAUUUUGAGUUUGAAUUUUGUGACCUGACCUAGAAGUAAUCACACUUUGGCAUUGAGAAGAAUGAAGGCCAGAAGCUGUUUUGGAGGAGUCUGGAGUGUUUGGGAAUCAGAGGCUGGUUUUCCUGAAGGAAUGUCAGUGACUUUAUUUUAGAUGUUCAGAGCAGUCUUCUAAAAUGCCCUUUCCCCAAAGAAAGGAACAGAUAACACUUUUUUUUUCCACUUUGUGAAGAGCUGUGAGAACAGGGUGUAGUGAACAUUUCAUCACUCUAAAACUCCUUAUUUUAUGCUUCUUUUUUCAAACACUAUUUUUAUAAGUUUUCCUUUAAGUAAACGUAAGUCUGUGCAAA